AUGUUGGAAGGAAAUUUGUCUCCUAUCAUUAUGACAAGGGUGAGUGCAAUUGCUGAAUCUAUUGCGGUAACAAAGAAUGCGAGAAGCAAGCAGAUUCAUCUUAAGAAGUUGGAAAUUCUUCGUGAAGAUGAAAUUCAUGAUGUUCAUGAAACUAUACAGUUAGAUCCUAUUAUAAAUCUUUCCCAUAGAAUUCUAACUGAGCUCGAACACGAUGCAUUGAAGUUUGGGUUACAUCAUGUAUUUCCCCCCGAGAAGUUUGAUCAAAAACAGUUUAUUUGCAAUAUGGAAUAUUUUUAUGCUCGAUUACUAAAUCUACGUACUGCGUAUCAUCACUAUGAUCAGAAAUCGGCUAAUGAGAAGGUUUUACAUCAUCUCUCGGCUGAACAAUUAGGGGCAGCAUCUCAAUUGCGCUCAAAUGCUAUCAGCUUUCAGAGAAGUGCAACGAAACAAAUGAGAAUGUUAGGGAAACAACAGCGUAUUCAUCGAAGGGUCCUGCGUGAGCUCGCGAACGAUAAAACAAUCAUCAUAACUAGACCAGAUAAAGGCAGAGGAGUAUAUCAUACACAAGUAUUAAAGUUAUGCCAAGAUGCAAACCCUGAUAUGGGUGAAAGAACAAAAGUACAAUAUCUUAUGGCAAAUUUAUUACCAUCUCUCAAAAUGAAAGUUAUUUCAAAAGAUCCUCAAACAAUCGAUCAAUUUUUGCAAAUAGCAAGAAAAGCUGAAGAUCUUCAAGCAUUAGUAAACCAAGACGAAAGAAUGAAUAAUUACUCAAAUGAUUCAAUAGGAACAACUUCAAAUGUUAAUUUUUCUUCUGCUUCUUAUGUAGCUCCACCACUCAGAAAUAAUAACCAUCAAAAGCAACAAUAUACUCAACAACAGAAGCCCCGUUCACAAUUAGAAGCUGCUACCACUAAUAUACCAAUCACUGACUCAGUUCUUUCCUCUCAACAGGUAGUUUCACCUUCUACUCGACAACAAUCAAAUACAAAUGAGUCUUCAACUCGGAAAAAUUCCAAUAAUGUUUCAUCUAAUUCACAAAAUUACCAAUACCAUCAGCAACCAUCAUCAAAUCGUAAUCGCCGAUGGAAUAAUUGCGAUCCUCGUGAUACCCACCCACGCGACGCCCAGCAUUUUUAG